AGAAGAUGGACACGGACGAGACGGAGCUGGUGGACGGUCUGCCGCGACCGCAGCCGUACGGAGCGCAGCAGGGGACCACCAUCUGUCCGGGCGUGUGCGUGGCCAAGCGGCUGGCGGCUUACUGUGAGGCAGCGCUGGACCUGCCCGGGGUCUGCGCCGCCGACCAGCGCUGCUGCGUCGCCAAGGACCUGUUCGACGGCGUUGAGGACAAGCCCGAACAGUUCGUCAUUCUGGGCAAGACGCCCAAACCUAAGCCCGAGGAGCCGGAGGAGGAGAAGAAGCCAGCAUCAAGCGCUGGUAUCGAAAUCCCCGAGCAGAAGAAGUGCGCCGGCCAGUGUGUGACGGGGCUGUUCUCCUACCUAUGUGACCGCGUGGACAGUAGCGUCAAGUGCGGCAACGGAGGCCGCUGCUGCCUGUCGCGCUCACGGCCCGACAAGACUCAGGCCACCACGGCCAAGCCGGCCGGCGCGCCGACCGAGAAGUGCCCAGGCGUCUGCAUGCCGGGCCUCAUGAAGGCAUACUGCAACGCGCCGUCGCGCCUGCUGCCCAACAACCGCGGCUGCACCAGCGGCCAGGUCUGCUGCGACAAUCGAGAGGGAGCCGACAAACAGGAGGCGGGUGCUGCCAGCCCGGCGCGGCCGCCGCGGCCGCCGGGCGCCUCGCCCAUCGGCGCCAUC